AUGCAAGCGUGGGCACCGCCUACCAAGGAGGCGGAGGAGCUUGAACACUGGGAUAGUCGUCCGCUGCGGCAGCGUGAACGCACGGCUUCCUGCGUGGGGCAGGCGAGCCUCGAGGCGUCCGAGUUGGAGCGCUGUCUCUCAACUCACGACAAGGCAAUCAAUUGGAGAGCGCUGGAAGUGCCAUUGGCUUCGCAGAUCAAAGGGCUCGCCCUUUUGCAAGAGGACGGCGGCAAAGUGCCAAGACUGCUGGCUCAACCUCCCCGGCCUCAGCCUGUCAGCGUACCCCAGCCACCUGGGAAUUCAGGAAAACCUGGGCGGCACCUGACAAGCCUUCAGGCUCAUGGUGUAGCACCAGCGCCAGUUCAUACUGCACGUCGUCCCAACCAUGCGCAUGCAGAACAUCGCUCUCCGCCACCAAUGCGUACAGGCAUCACCAGUGAUGCAUCCCUUGGAGGGCGGCCAGUGAACCGUGGCAUGGAAGCACGAAGUCCACCACUUCCUCCCAGAGGCGUCAUCCGCGCCUACGGCGUGUCCCCGGCAUACCGUGAGCUCCAUAGAGACCAGCGCCAGAUGGACCGGAAUGGGGGUGCCCAGCACCGGAAGAGUAGCCCCUGGCACUCCCGCGCAGACCGGAUUGGAAAGGCUGGAAAGUUUUUAGUGCACAUGCCAGGCCGAUAA